AAUUGGAUCGGUCGUCUCCAUUCUUUGUCACUAGCUCUCUUCCAUUCAUUCACCUGUUUUCUAAAGCAACCUCCAUUUCUUCUUUCUCCUCUUCUUUCAGGUAUGUUCUGCGCCCUUCUCCCUCGAAUCCUUUGCCGGGUCGGCCUGCUCCUCCCUGCCAAUUCUCUUCUCCUGGAUGCCCUGCUGUCACCGUAUGCGCGUUCCACCAUCCGGUUUUCCACUCCUCCCGAUUGCACAUCGUUCGACGUUGCGUCUGCUUAUGGCUUUUCCUUGCCUGCUCGUCGAUCAGAGAACCGUCGCUUCGAAGCCGCGCAAACUUCGACUGUAUGUUCUAUGGACGUGGCAACCUGCCCCAGCCUCCUGUUUCCCGCCCCUGCAAGAACAGUAUGCACACUCAAUCUUGCGCUGUGUCAAUUUUGUGUCUGUUCACUCGGCAUGUCAUGUGCUCAAUUUGACACUUCGGCACGCCGGUGACCUUCUUGCCGAAAGUGACUGUCGGACUGACGCCAGCACCGUACUCCCUGUUCCCGCCAUCUUCCACGCAGAGUUUUACUACUUUCUCAAAGACUAUCGAUCAAGGACUCGGCGAGCCUGGUGUGCGGGCUAGACUGUGCUUCUUUGUUUACUGCCGUCACUUGUAAUCUCGCC